AUGAUCUUACCGUUUCUCAGUCGUUUAAAUCUGACGGAUUAUUUUAUUAUAAUUCUGGUCUAUAUCGAAUUUGUAACCUCAUCUAUUCUACAAUUUAUCCCAACUAAAUUGAUUAAUUCUAUUACAUGGCUAUUCCAACAUCUAUUCACAAGCAAUCCUGCUAUGGAUAUCCCUGUCAAUGAAGUGCCGAUUGACACUCAAUUAAGAUUAGCUCCUUCCAUCCAUGAGAUGUGUAAACUUUUUAAUGUGGAAGUAGAGGAUUAUUUAGUAAGAACUGAAGAUGAUUAUAUAUUAACAAUUCAUAGAAUUCCUCCACGUAAGGAUUUACAUGAUACAGAAGUAACUCCAAAGGUUGCUUAUUUACAUCAUGGUUUAUUAAUGUGUUCCGAUAUAUGGUGUUGUAAUGUCGAGAGGCAUAAAAAUCUACCUUUUGUUUUACAUGAUUUAGGUUAUGAUGUGUGGAUGGGCAACAAUAGAGGUAAUAAAUAUUCCACUGCUCAUGUGUUUUUACAACCAGGUUCUCCUAAAUUUUGGAAUUUUUCUAUUGAUGAAUUUGCUUAUUUUGAUAUUCCAAACACUAUUAAUUAUAUUUUAGAAAAUGUUAAUGCUGAACAGGUUACAUGUAUUGGAUUUUCUCAAGGUUCUGCGCAAAUGUUUGCAGCUUUAUCUAUUAACAAGAAAUUAAAUGAAAAGAUUUCUCAAUUCAUUGCGAUUGCUCCUGCAAUGACCCCACAUGGUCUACAUAAUAGAAUUGUUGAUAAAAUUGUGAAAGCUACACCGAAAUUAAUGUAUUUAUUUUUUGGUAGAAAUAUAGUUCUACCUUCAGCAACAGUUUGGAGACGUACGUUACAUCCAAAACUUUUCAAUACAUUAAUUGAUGUAGCAAAUAUAAUGUUGUUCAAUUGGAAUUCAAAAAAUAUUACAAUAAAACAAAAAUUUAUAUCAUAUUCAAAGUUAUAUUCUACCACUUCAGUAAAGUGUAUUGUGCAUUGGUUUCAAAUAUUAAGAUCUCAGAAAUUUCAACUAUAUGAAGAACCUGAUGACAUGUUUAAUUCUUUAUCCAGACCAUACUUAAUCCCAGUGUUUCCAACGAGAACUAAUAUUAAAGUCCCAAUUUUAUUGAUAUAUGGGGGUUCUGAUUCAUUAGUUGAUAUCGAUGUAAUGAAGGCCAAUUUACCACCAAAAAGAGUGUUUGAUAUUAAAAUUGAUAACCAUGAACAUUUAGAUUUAAUUUGGGGUAAUGACGUCGACGUCUUAGUUAUAGAUAAAGUUUUAAAAUUUAUUGAAUUUUUCACCCCAAUUGAUGAUCCAAGUUAUAGGUUAUUGAGUAAGUACUUUAAUUCGAAUAACUUUAAAAAAUAUGCAUCAAUAACUUCGGAGCAUACUAUAAAACCUGAAAACCUUAUCGGAACACCAAGAAAAAAUUCAGUUGCAGUGGCAUCUAUUCAUAAGAGAAGUCCAUCUAUUGUCUCAAGACAUAAUUAUAAUGAAAGAGAUAGUGAACUAAAAAGUUAUGUUACAAAUGAAUCCAGAAAUGGUGAUUUGGUUGAUUUACCAGAGAUUAACUCAACUUCAUCAUGUUCAUCUGCCUCUGAGGAAGAGGAAUUACAUGCAGAAGCUGUUGAAAUUCACAGACAAUUAUCUCAAAACCAUAUUCCAGCACAAAAUAAUUCAGAUCUGGAACUAACCAAAUCAGUAAUGGACUCAAUCAAAUGA